AUGCAGAUUCCACCGGAAGACAUGAACUUCUCUACAUCUAUUGUAAACUACGGAAUUCUGUUCAACAUGGAGAAAUUAAGUGGUUCAAUUUACUUGAACUCAGUUUAUACUGGACUAAUGAGAUAUGUUUGCAAUUUGACGCUGGGCUAUGCUGAUCUUAAAUUCAAGAGGAUUGGAAGAAAAUUUGUGCAUACCUCUGGACUUGUGAUCAUCAUUCUCUCACUAGCAUUUGUCAUUAUAGCUCAUUUCUUUGGUCUCAACCAUAUGCUUAAAGAAGAAGUGCGAUUACUUAUUCUAUUGGCUAGUUCGAUGACGUCACAGAUCUAUGUCACCACGGGAGUUGUCGGUAACGAACUUUUCCCUACUCCUAUUCGGAAUGUGGGGUACGCGUUUCUACAACUGUGGAACCGUCUCGGUGUUAUCGCCUCGCCAUUUGUUUUCUACAGGGUAGAAAAUACCAUCGACAAAGCACAAGAGGCGGAAAACUGGUGGCCUCAGAAGUCUAACCAUCGUUGA